CACGUCCCCGGGCCAUGCCGCUCGCUCGCCCGCUUUAAACCACCACGAAGGCACUAAUUCUAGGCUAUCAUCACUUCAUCCAGUCUCUCUCACCUGCCUUAUCCAUCGAUCCGCUGGACGGGACUAAUUCUAGGCUAUCAUCAGUUCAUCACAUCUUCCAUCUACAACAACCAACGGCGAUAAUGGCCGCCUUGCCGCAGCUGUUGCUGACCCUCUUCCCCGCGGUGACCGCCGUCGUGUUUCUGCUGGUGGCCUCGGCGCCGGGAGCACGCGCUCACGUGUCCUCAUCCUCGUCGGCGACGUACCGCUGCGGCUGGUGCCCGCGCAGAUCCACCGCGUCCAUCCUCCCUCCCGGCGCCGGUGCACUUACCGGCCCCGCCUGCGGGUAUGGUGGCCAGGCGGCGGAGAUGGCCGUCGACGGGGGGUUCCACAUUGCGGCCGUCAGCGCCGGUUUCUUCCGCGGCGGCCGGGCCUGCGGCGCAUGCUACCAGCUGAGGUGCAGGGGCCGGAGCGCGUGCGCGAAGGAUGGCGUCAAGGUCGUCGUCGUCGCCGACGUGGCAGAGACGAACAUGACCGGUGGGAAGUUUCUGCUCACCAAGGACGCCUUCGCCGCCUUGGCGACGGCAGACCGUGCCGCCGAGCUCGCGGACGCGGCCGUCGACGUGGACUUCAGGAGGAUUCCCUGCGUGUACAAGAGCAAGAACCUGGCGGUUAAAGUGGAGGAGACGAGCAGCAGGGACCGGGGCUACCUCGCCCUCCGCUUCCUCUACCAGGGCGGCCAGACUGACAUCGCCGCCGUCGAGGUCGCGCAGGCGGUCACCGGUUCGAGCGGCACCAAGAACGAGGCCUCGCCGUCGCAGACAACGUGGCAGUACAUGACGCGGCGCGAGGCGUCCCCGUCAGUGUGGCGCAUGUCGCGCGUGCCGACCGGUCCGCUGCGGCUCCGGCUCGUGGUCACCGCGGGCUCUGGCGGCAAGUGGCUGCGCGCCGACGGGGCGGUGCUCCCCGCGGAGUGGCAGCCCGGCGCGGUCUACGACACCGGCCUGCGCGUCACCGACGUCGCCGCAAACACCUGCGGCGCCGCCUCUUGCUCCGCCACGGACGAGGACGACGACGCCGAGCAGCUCCGAUGACACGCUCCCCUUGCAUGCAUCCACGGAUGAACCAGUGACCGAUCGAUGGUCCAUCGGAGCCGGCCCGCCAGACACGCACAUCUGCACCGGCCGGCUGCCGGAAUAUCGGUCGAUGCUGCGUGUACACUGUACAGAGACGUGUACAUCGCAACGUCACGGUCGACGACGAGUUCCGGUUAGGACAAAACCUCCAUUGUCCCUCUUUAAACAGAGCUGGUUGGAGCGUAGCGUCACGUGUGAACUAAUGCGGAGAAGAACAUGUACAUAGCUCUGUUUUGGUCUUGGAAUCACAUGACAGUGCCACUGUUUUUGGCU